AUGAACCCACAAGUGCCACCUCAAGUUGACCAGCCUGUUAAAAUUCCGGUACCACCGCCCGCCGUCGCCGGUACUUCGACCAUGGCGGACACGGAAGAGAAAUUAGGAUAUGGGUUGUCUGCAAUUAGCCUAACCAAUAAAAUUCCGGAUUUUUGGACAGAUCAACCGAGGGUUUGGUUUAUUCGAACAGAGGCGAUAUUAGCACCACAGAAAAUGGGAGAUGAUUCUAAAUUUAAUAUCGUCGUAUCAAAAUUGACUAAGGAUGCCAUUCAACAAGUAUCCGAUUUACUUAUCGAUCCACCAAAAACUAACAAAUUCGAAAGUCUGAAGGCCAGAUUACUACAAAUUUACGAGGAGUCAGAAAACAGGAAAAUACAGAAAUUGAUCGGGGAAAUGGAGCUUGGGGAACAAAAGCCUUCCCAGCUAUUGCGCCGCAUGCGCGAUCUCGCAAGGGGUAAGAUUCCUGACGAAACCCUUCGUAUAUUGUGGCAAGGUCAUCUGCCACCAGCGGCGAGAGCUGUUCUUGCGGUGACGGAGAAUGUGGAUUUAGAAAGUUUGUGUGACAUUGCCGAUAAAAUCCAAGAGACGACUCGGCCUGAGAACGUCGCCGAGGUUUCCCAGGUCUCAUCAGAUCAGUGCGACAAAAUUAUGGCAGAGAUAGCCAAAAUAAAUGUUCGGUUGAACCAAAUGGAUACGAGGUCAAGGUCAAUCCAACGCGACAGAGGUAAUAAACGUUCAUCAUACCGUACGCGCAGCGCUUCCCGGCAGCGUACACCCAAUAGCCCCGAUUGGCUCUGUUUCUACCACUACCGAUUCAAGAAUCGUGCCAAGAAAUGUGAGAAA